UCAACACAUCACAUGAUUUGCUCUCAACAUGAUCCCUUCACCAUAAGAACUCACAUCAUGAUGUUUAUAGAUGAACCACGUCACAUUCUUUGCUUCCUGUCUGUGUGCAGGUGGUACUUUGCUCUGAUCUCCAUCUCGGGGAUCUUCGCCGUGACCUUCUCGGUGAUCUUCGCCUACGUGGCCGACAUCACGGAGGAGCAUGAGAGGAGCACGGCCUACGGCCUGGUUUCAGCGACCUUUGCAGCCAGCCUGGUGACGAGUCCGGCCAUCGGUGCUUACCUGUCGGCUCAGUACGGCGACAGCCUGGUGGUCCUGGUGGCCACGGUGAUCGCGGUGGCCGACAUCGCCUUCGUGUUCUUCGUGGUUCCCGAGUCUCUGCCGGACAAGAUGAGGACGUCCUGGGGCUUCCCCAUCCCCUGGGAGCAGGCGGACCCGUUCAGCGUGAGUUCAGAGGUCACACAGCAGCUCAGAGGAAACAACACGCUCGGGCUCAUCAUGUAGCUUUACACCAAUAACACUUAAUAUCAGGCAGCU